UUACUUAUAAGCUCUGUUACUGCAGAAACUUCAAGGUCAGAUUUACCACCACAUGAUGUAGAGAGGUUCGUAUUCGUGGUUCAAGGAUCCAUUACACUCUCCAAUUCAUCUGGCACUACCAACAAACUAACGAUGGAUUCAUAUGCUUAUCUACCUCCUGACUUUGAGCAUUCUCUGGAGUGUGAUGGAUCUGCCACACUUGUUGUGUUUGAGCGAAGGUACAAAUUUCUAGGAACUUAUGUUACAGAGCAUAUUACUGGUUCAACUGAAAAUCAGCCACUUCUUGAAACUCCUGGUGAGGCGUUUCAACUUCGGAAGCUUCUUCCUGUGUCUUUGCCAUAUGAUUUUAAUAUUCAUGUAAGUGCUGUUUGCUUUUGA